AUGAUUUCCAACCAAACCAUCCCCACCACAACGGGGCCGUUGUCCACGACGGACACGGCCAUGUUGGAGGUCCUAGUCCCUGGCUAUGGCUUCAUGUCGCGCAUAUUGAUGUCAUACCUCAAUUUUGAUGUCAGCUCAUACCUGCAACUUCUAGUUGGACUGGCCGUCUUUGGCGCAAGUGCUCGAUACACUUUAUUUAUCAUUUGGGCGCACUUCAAUGAGUUGUUCGUAUCAAGAGCUGAGAUUCGUCUGGACGAUGAGACAUUCCAUUAUUUAAUGUUCUGGAUCUCACGUCAACCGCAUAUGAAAAACACAAAUCGCUUCGUCGCAGGCAUCAGAACCAACAGUUACUGGAGCGACAGCGACUCAGACGACGAGGACCUCGCAAGAGACGAAGACGACGAAGGCGAUACUCUCGACGGCGAGAAAGACGCAUCAUUCGAUUCGUACUGGGCCAAGGUCACCACCCGGGACAAGUACAAGAAGAUGCAAUUUACCCCUUCUGAAGGGUGCCAUUACUUCUGGUACAAGAACCGUCCUCUCAUGCUCGAGCGCGUAAACCGGGACGGCGGUACCUGGUAUGUAAUGAACAACGAGCGGAUCUUCCUAUCGUGUCUCGGUCGGAACCCGGAGAUUUUGAAAAGCCUGCUAUCCGAGGCGCAGCAGGCAUAUGUCGAGCGCGACAAGAACCGAACGGUAAUCUACCGCGGGUCGCGGAUUAACGCCGGCCAGUCUUUCAACUGGUAUCGGUGUAUGGCCCGACAACCGCGUCCUCUUUCUACUGUUAUUCUUGACCAAGAACAGAAACAUGAUUUCCUGGAUGAUAUUAAGGAAUAUCUACACCCUCGCACGCGACGCUGGUAUACCAACCGUGGAAUCCCGUAUCGACGUGGAUACCUUCUACACGGUCCUCCAGGAACCGGCAAGACGAGUCUGUGCUUUGCAGCGGCCGGACUCCUUGGAUUGAAGCUCUAUGUACUUGAUCUGAAUUCCACGGCCUUGAACGAGGAGAGUUUGUCAUCACUGUUCGCGGAACUACCCCGUCGAUGCAUUGUCCUACUUGAAGAUGUCGAUUCAGCAGGUAUUACAAAGACCCGGGCUGCUGCACCUUCUGCACCUACACCUACUUCAGAUACCCCCAGGGACGAUGCUACCGCCAAGGCCGGCACCGCCGAAGCGGAAAGUGCAGCCGCCAAAGAGGAAGACAAGAAAGGCGGAAUCACACUUUCAGGGCUUCUGAAUGUGAUUGAUGGUGUUGCCGCCAGUGAAGGCCGCAUCCUCAUUAUGACUACUAAUCACGUGGACAAGCUUGAUCCAGCUCUCCUCCGCCCUGGACGUGUGGACAUGAAAAUUGUCUUCGGCUACACAAGCGAAGCAGAUAUCAAGGAGCUCUUUACCUCAAUCUACGCGACGAUGGACAACGACAUGGCCCGUAGCGCCCCAACAAUCCACAUGAAUGGUAGCAAUGGCUCGGUGAAGCCGCCAACUACCAUUGCUAACAUCGCCAAGACAAAUGGCGAGAUUGUCCACAAGGCCGUUAAGAGUAACGGCGAAGUGGACAAGAGAAAGGAAAAAGACCUGCAGCUUCAAGUAUCCCUCCGAUCCAACAUCUCCGAUUUGGCAUCUCGGUUUGCUGCUAUUAUUCCGAGUGGCGAGUUUACAGCUGCGGAGAUUCAGGGAUACCUCCUCAAUUACAAGGAGACUCCCGAGGUAGCCAUUGAGGGUGCAGCGGAGUGGGUGCAAACGGCGCGGGAUAAGAAGCGUGCCAAAGAUGGGGAGGUAGAAGGAGAGGCAAAGACACAGACAGAGGAUGAGGAUAAAGCAUAG